GAAAGAUCGAGUGAUUUAUAUCAUAAACAAAACAGUUUGCUGGCGCAUGCGCAGUUGACGUCACACCGCAGCGGCUGCAGAUUUUUUCCUCCGUCAGAUCGGAGCAGAAGCGCAGAGCAGGAGCUCGGGAGGAGGAGGAGGAGGAGGAUGGCGGGGUAACGGGAAGAUCGGUGUCGGAGCUAUUUCCGGGCUGCAGAUGCAGCGCAACAUUUGUUGCUGUUUUGUGCACGCGGACAGUGUGAUGAUCCGGAUGUUCCGCUUCCGCCGCGGCGGCUGAUCUGAGCGGAAACGGAGUCCGAGCUGGGCUGCGGUCCGGAGUGAUGCUGCUGAUGCCGUGUGCGCGCGCGCUCGCUUCGGAUCCUUCCGGGUUUGUUUUCCGCUCGCGCUGCUUCUUCUUCUCCUCCUUGUUGUCAUGAUGAUGGAAAGCGCUGAUGGCUCGAGCAGCGACAACAAACCGGCGGAGAAGAAGCGGUUAAACCGCGCACCGUCUCCGGCUAGACCUUUCCUCAAGGAUGGUCACUCCAGAGCUCCUAAAGCCGCCGCCGCCGCGCUCACACCAAAAUCUCCCAAACUCACCAAGCAGCAGCAACCCGCGGCGGCGGCGGCGUCCUUCUUUCCUGCCCCGAUCCGCGCGGUGAGACGCGCCGCGACCGGAACCAAGGACAAACCGGCGCCGGUGAAAAGCGCCUCCAAAUUCUCUGCGGCUAAAAAGGCCUCAAAGGUCACGCAGGUGAAAGCGGGGAUCUCGAAAGCAUCGGACGCCCUCCCGCGACUGGGGAAAACCGGAAAAGAGAAGCCGAUCCCGCUCACGCGCGCGCCUCCGACCCAUGGUUCUGACUCGCCGGUGCGCGUGCCGACGGGACGCCUUGCUCAGACAGACAGCAGCUCGGAUCUGUCCGACUGUCCGUCCGAGCCGCUGUCCGACGAGCAGCGCCUCGUUCAGGCCGCCAGCAGCGAUGCCGAGUCCGGACCCGGAUCCGGGUCCAGUGAGCGCGGACACAAACCGGAUAUCAGUCCGGAUCAGCCACGAGCUUCACCUGCACCAGACAAACCCAGACCCGCCGGGAGCGCGCAGCUCAGAGCAGAAGGUGGCAAGGACCUGGCAGAGGAGGAUUUAUUACGGGAAAUCGAAGAGCUUCGCUCGGAAAACGACUACCUCAAGGACGAAGUGGAUGAGCUGCGUGCUGAGAUGGAGGAGAUCAGGGACAGCUACCUGGAAGAGGAGGUGUAUCAGCUGCAGGAGCUGCGCAGGGAGCUGGACCGCUCCAACAAGAACUGCCGCAUCCUUCAAUACCGGCUGCGCAAGGCAGAACAGAAAAGCCUGCGAGUGGCUCAGACCGGCCAUGUGGAUGGAGAAUUGCUCCGUAACCUAGAGCAGGACCUCAAGGUGGCCAAAGACGUGUCGGUGCGUCUACACAACGAACUGGAGAGCGUGGAGGACAAGCGCACAAGGGCAGAGGACGAGAACGAGAUGCUCAGGCAGAAGAUCAUCGAGGUGGAGAUUUCCAAGCAGGCUCUGCACAACGAGCUGGAGAGGGCCAAAGAGAUGGCAAUAAGGAGACGAGGGAGUCGGGAAACGUUCAAGGACAAGAAAUCUCUGUCUCAGGAGGAUAGUGCUGACCUGCGAUGUCAGCUGCAGUUCUCUAAAGAAGAAUCAGCUCUGAUGCGCAAGAAGAUGGCCAAGCUUGGCCGAGAAAAGGAUGAGCUGGAGCAAGAGCUGCAGAAAUACAAGUCUGUGUAUGGGGAUGUGGAUAGUCCCUUACCCCUGGCCGAGGCACCGGGUGGUGGGCCGCACAGCACACGUGAAGCCGAACUCCGGCUACGUCUCAAGCUUGUCGAGGAGGAGGCUAAUAUUCUGGGCCGGAAGAUUGUGGAGCUUGAAGUGGAGAACCGCGGUUUGCGGGCUGAGAACGAAGACCUGCGCUGCCAGUAUGAGCGCGAUUGUUUUGGCCGCGAACCUUUCUCCAGUGUGCCUACGUCUCCAUUUGGUGCAGACGCUCCAGAGUCUGCCACUGAGCUGCGACGCCACUUGCAGUUUGUGGAGGAGGAGGCCGAGCUGCUACGGCGCUCCAUUUCCGAGAUCGAGGACCGCAACAAACAGCUGACCACCGAGCUCAACCGCUUCAAAUUCGGACCUUCAGAUGGCGAAGCUGAGGAAGUAGAAGGUGGAGGUACUUUGGCCAUGCUGAAGCCUGGCAACAGUGGCGCAAACAUGUCAGUGAGUGGCAUAGUGUCCCUGCAAGAGGAGCUGAAAACUGCUCGGAUGCAGAUUAACGAACUGAGCGGGAAGGUGAUGAAGCUGCAGUACGAGAACCGUGUGCUGAUCUCAAACAUGCAACGCUGUGACCUGGCUGCUCACCUGGGCCUUCAUUCUGCAAGUCCUCGUGAUAGCGAUGCUGACAGCGACGCUGGCCGCAGGGAUGCUGAGGAGGAUGAGACAGGACGGCUCUUACUGCUCCACCCAAAACGAGAAGGUCCAGUGGGUGGAGAGAGUGACUCUGAGGACCUGUUUGAGAAGACUGCCACUUCAGGUUUUGGGAGUGCUGGGAAGGGGUCAGAUGUGGGUGAGCUUGGAGGGGCAGAGCUCUCGAAACGGAGGCGGGAAGAUCGCGAGAUGCUUGGUGGUAUUAAACGGGAGGCUGAGCGGCUGGGGAAGACUGUGGAGAGGCUCAUCUCGGACACAAACAGUCUGAUCUGUGAGGGGCGUCUUGUUGUGACCGGAGCCGACUCUGUGGGGGAGGGUUCUGACUUCAGGGGUGACGGAGACUCUGUUGAACCCAAGCCUGACUCUCAGUCUCAGGUGCUAGAUGCCAUCAAUGCCCGCAUGCGGACAUUCCGGGCAGAGCUUUAUGCCUUCAUGGAGAAAGUGGACCACCUGGGCGAAGGUCUGAGGGACCGCAGCGAUGAUCUUUCGCCAAUGCCAAAUCUAACAGAGUCGAGCAGCUUUUUGUCAACGGUCACCUCCAUGUCCCGUGACUCGCCUAUUGGAACUCUGGGAAGGGACCUAUCGACAGACUUUCAGUCCGGCCGGAGGCAGGAGUUCGAGUGGUCCCUCGGCCGGCGGAAUGGCCCGGAGGCGCCUGCGCUCAGUAGAUACGGCAGGCCGCGCAGUGUCCGAGCCGAGCUCCGCGAGCCGAGCCUGUCUGAAGUGGGCACUCCUGCCAGGGAGGCACCGUUCUGUCUGGAUCUCGAUAGGAGGAUGAGAGCAGGACAGGAAGAGAGAGACAACCUACCAUCCUCCAUCACUCAGGAGGAGGAGGAGCUGAGACGUCUGGAGGCACGUCGGGGUUUGGAGCUGCAAGGUCUGCAGUCGCACGAGCCUGCAUGGCCACAGGAAAGAGCUCUGCUGCAACAGGAAGUGCGCCUGUUCCGUCAGAACGCCAUCAUCGUCUACAUGAAGCUGCGCUGGAUCCUCAUGCACUGGAGACUCGGGCGCAGGACGGACACAGCCGAGGAGGGAGCAGAGUAUGAACGACUGGAAAGCAUCCCAGAGGUUGGACUGGUGAGAGAACAUGCCGAGGAAGACACAGAGCGGGAGGACAAAGUGUGUCCCCAAGCCAUGUGGGGAGACAUCCCGGACCCUGGACCACUCUUUACGUCCUCGGAGAAACUCCACUAUCAGAAACAGGCAGGCGACAGUAGACGGGUUCUUCAUGCCCUGCGUUCUGUGCUGGAGGAGUUGAGGGCGGAGCUACGGGAGGAGGCCCAGAGAUGUUGUCAGUUGCAGCAGACGCUGGCCAAUGAGAGAGCAGCAUGGGAGAUCCAACGUGCUGAGAUGAGGAGCCGCAUAGCACAGCUGGAGGAGUCGAGAGGAGCAACGUUCAUAGGGGGAACGGACUCCUUGUGGCAGGAGAGAGAGAGGGCGCAGGAGAGGGAGCGUGAGGAGCAGAAGAGGCUUCUGGCCGAUAGCCACAGCGUGGCUCUGGAGCUGCGCUGGAAGCUGCGGCACGGUGAGCGGCGAUGGACCAGAGAGAGGAGCGAGCUCCUUGAGAACUUCGAGAGGGAGCGACAGGAGCGAGACCGCAACGUACAAGACCUCCACCGCAAGAUGGAGAAGAUGCAGCGGGAAAUACCUCUCCGUCACUCUGAAGGAGGGACGCCGCGCGUCUUCUCCCCUCAGGACAGUCCUUGUAAGGCCCCCAGAUCUCCACGCUCCCCUCGUGGAGCUCCAAGUGUGGUGUCUCGUUCCCAUUCGGACUCGGAGGCCACGUUGGAAGAAAGAGUACGACCCAGUGAGAGCCUCUUCUUGGAUGCUCUGUCUCUGGAUCCACCAAACGAGGCCGAGGUUCCUCCCUCAUCCAGGCUGGAAAGUGAGAAGAGGUUCCCCUGUCUCAAAGAAGCACUAAAUGAGAUCUCGGAGCGAGCGGAUCCUGUACUCUAUCCUGAGGAAGAGAUGGCCAGUGGCGGCCUCCUCAGGGCAAAAUCCGUCUGCUCGAUGAGUGACUUCCAGCGUUUGAUGGACAGCUCCCCUUUCCUGCCAGACAAGAGCAAGUCAGGUGAAUGUGCGAGGGAUGAGGUGACUCCACCCUUAUCUCCUGAUGACCUCAAAUAUAUUGAAGAGUUUAAUAACAAGGGCUGGGAUCUCUCCAAAUCCCCACUGUCUUCCUGCCCAAUCCCAGGCCCUGUGCUGCCCCCACAGGUAGUGGAGGCAUGGGUGGACCGGGCAGAUACCCACAGACCUGUCCCUUCUUCAUCAGAUACAUUUCAGCCAGCCGCAUGGUACUUGACCACCAGUGCCACACUAACCACCAAUACCACAAGCAGCCUGGAGCAAUGUCAGCGUCUGGCUGCGAGAGGCUCCCCAGUGCCUGACCACUUUGGUGUGCGUGUCCUCCACAGCCCCACUAGGGCAGAGAGAUUGAACCCAGGACUGUCAGAUCAGGAGUAUGCGUUCUCCAGAGUGAGCAAAGAGAAUGAAGGUGAGGACAUUUUUGGAGGAAGGUGGCCUUGUGAACUGAGACAUUUGGAAGGUGGUGAGCGUGCAACUCUGUGUACGGCAAUGGGUUACUCAUCCUCGCUUGAACUAGAACUGUCUCGGAAUCUCAGUGAUGACAUGAAGGAAGUGGCAUUUUCCGUGCGGAAUGCCAUCCGCUCCAGCACAGCGACCGGAAGCAGUCCUGCAGACUGUCAAAUGCGUGACGCAGCAUGCCAGACCAAUGGCUCAAUGACACGUGCCACGCAAACCCCACAGGCUGUGAAUGUGGCAUUGCAGACACUCGCCAGCAGCCCUCGUCGCUGCCUCACUCCCGUUUCAUCGCCCUCGCGUAGCCUCAGGAAGGCACAGUACUCACCUGCCACACAGGCCAAGUUUGAACGGUCAUGUUGUUCACCAAAAUACGGAUCGCCCAAGCUGCAGCGCAAACCCUCGUGUACCAAUUCUGCACAAGGCAAAUCUGAACCCCCUGCCAUCUCAUCCAGAGCUCCAACGCCCACUUCUCAGUCUUUGAAGGGCAACAGUGAGUCAGCUUGGGCGCGUUCCACCACCACCCGAGACAGCCCCGUCCACACCACCAUCAACGAUGGUCUCUCCAGCCUUUUCAACAUCAUCGACCAUACCCCAGUGACCUAUGACCCAGCGCAGAAGUUCAACAAGUCACCCAGCCGCUCCAGGCCCAUUGAAAGUGGGUCUGCAGGUGUUUCGGACCCUAAAGCAGGCAAUCUCGGAGCACCACAGGACCUGGCGAGGCCAUCCAGAGGUCGUUCGCCCAGUCCUAUUCAGCUCAUCGUGGAAUUACAGGGUGAGAAGAACCCAGAAACAAUUAGCAUCAGACAGGACUUGUCAGCUCCGCCGGGUUACACGAUAGCAGAGAAUGCAGCACGGAUAUUGAAUAAGAAACUGUUGGAGCAGGGCUUCAGGGAGGAGAAGAAACAUGGUUCAGCCACGGCAGCACCGAGCAAAACGGGAGAAGUGGACAAACCUGGAUGUAUUGAGGACCUCCCUCGAUCACCGGUAGCCCCGCCCCUGGACUCCUGUUUCCUGCGACCGGCACGUCCUGCCAAUCAGCGCCCUCCCUCUCGCUGGGCUGCGCACUCUCCUUCUUCUUCACCCAACUCCAAAGACAACAUGGAGAGAUUCCGCUUCCCGUCACCCAUCAGACCUGCUCAAACGAUCCCAGAGACAGAGGAGUCCAGUCAGGAACUACCUCAGCACCCAACCUGAGGACAUCCUGCACCAGCCAAGCCUGAUCACUGUCCUCUCUUUUCUUUUCUUCUCUUCUUUCCAUCCUCCCCUCUCCUACAAUUACUUCUCGACUGUUCUCUCUAUCUGUCCUGUUAUCUCCGUCUCCGUCACAUUCUCUUCCUACUAUCGUUUCGUCCUCCUUCUCUGACUUUUUUUUUCCUUCUCAUCCCCUCGUCUGUCACCUCUUCCUUUUCUUCUCCUCACCUCUCUUGUUUUGCUUCUCUCCUAAUUCUCCUCCUCUUUGUCCUUCCAUAUUUGCUUUUUUCCUCUCCUUUCUUCCUUUUCGUCUCUUCUCUUCCACUCGUCAUCCUCCCGUCUACUUAUUUCCUCCUCUUCCUUUGCCACUUUCCUUGCCUUGCUUCUCUCAUCCUCAUCCUUUCAUUGUUCCUGUCCAUCCUGUCUCUCUCAUCACCCUUUCUUUCUUUUUUUCCUUAUUCAUAUCCUCUGCCUAUUCUCAUCCUUGUCAUCAUCUCCUCUCAUCCUCUACCCAUCAUUCACACACUCUCUCUCCUUCUCUUGCCCUUUCCUCUUACCAGAUUCCACCCCUCCUCUUCUCACCUCCUUUCUCCUCUAAUCCAGCCUGACCACACAAGCACCACCAGAGUGUUGGAACGUUCUAGCCCUUCUCACACCCUUCACGUCCUCAAUACAGGGGAUGAGAGAAGGAUGCAGUUCCUCGAGCACCAGCCAACAAGCAACAACCUUCUAGUACUUUCUGUGAGAAUUCAAGGACCUCGAAUGUACUGAAGCAAAACAAAACCUACUCCAUCAGAGGUGCCUAAACACACUUGAUAUCUCAAUGGUCCCAUAUGUGUGUGUCUCUGUGUAUAUGCAAUAUGUAUGAAUUUAUAUGUGUCGGUCAGAUUUAAGAUUGUUUUUCAUAUAUCCUGGGCGAAAAUGGAUAAAUCUAUUUGUCUAAAUGUUUACAUGUUGUUGGGUGGUUGUUGUUUUGGGGUUUUUUUUCUCUCUCUCAUUCAUUUAGAAUAUACAGUAUAUUUUACCUCCCAUGUACAUACUUGAUCAAAUUGUUUUCUUAUUUAUUAGCUGUGAUGGGGUUUUUGUUUUUUUUUUUGCUUGUGGCUUAGAUUUAUUUUAAUACAAAGAAAAGACAUUUUAUUUAUUUUAUACACCGAAAAAAGAAAAUGCGACAGAAGAACAGAAACCUGAGUCAGGGAAACAUGAACCAUGAUGUCAACAACACUGACGUAUUUAUUACUCCAAAUGUAAAGUUGAAUGUUUAACGCACCACAACAGGAAGGUAACUGGCAACUGAUUAUCCUUAUGCAUAUUUUCCUGCAUAAUUUGAUCUGCAUGCCUUUUAAACCCUAGCACUUUAGUGCAUGAUAUUAAAUGCUGUUGUACCUUGUGCUAUAUCUCUAAUAUAAGACAACCCGAUAUACGAACACACACCCACGCACGCACACAAAAAACACUAUCCACAGUCUGUACUUUUUUUUUUUUUUGCCAUCAAAUUUACACAGGUUAGACCACUUUUUAAGUCAUUAUUGUACUUCUUGCCCUGUCUUUGUAUAGCUGUUAUUAUAUUUAAAUUCUUUCUUUAAUUUAAAGGAUAAAAAUGGGAUUGUAAAAAAAGAUGAAUGUUUUAAAUUAAGUCAGUGUCUAAAGUCUAAUUAUAUAAAGUC